GAGAGAAGAGAGAGGGCGCAUUUGCAAAAAAAAUUAUUGUGCAUCAUUAUUUUUUUGUGGCUUGCAUUGAUUUGCUUGGCAAUUUAGUCGAGGCAUUAAAUAAAUAAAAAAGACAAAUUGUAAAAGAAAAAAUAAACUACAACAAAAAUGUCUCAGGUUGAUCAAAAACGAGCAUUCAAUAAGUUGAAACAUGACCUGGAGCCCUGGCGUAACGUCAUCGUACAUAUCGAUUCGUUGUUAGUGUGGGAGAAAAAUUUCUAUCCAGCCAUCAUUUUUGCUGGGAUAAGCAUUUUCUUUUUGGCUUUGUGGGCCAUGGAUUUGUCAAUAAUCACUUUGCUGGCAUUGACCCUUCUUAUGGGGGUCCUCUUCGAUUUCUUGUAUCCCACCAUAUCAAAAUUGCUGUUUAAUGCCGAUCAAUGGAGCGGCAAACAGGAGGCACAAUUUGAAAAUGUUGUCACCCAAUUGUGUGAUAUAAAAUUUCUAUUGUUGGGAUGGUAUGAAUAUCUGUUUGCCAACAAGGAAAAAAAGUCGACAGUGUUUGUCAUCAUAAUGACGGUUGUCUUGCUGGGUCUGGCCUGGAUUGGUGCCAUCUUCAAUAAUCUGCUGCUAAUGUAUUUUGUCAGUUUGGGUGUGGCCAUGUAUCCCGGUAUCCAGGACAAGGGUGUCUUAAAUAAAUUCAAAGAGAGAUUCGGUUGUCUUGUAAGUUCCAAUAUGGAAAAGAUACGAGAGGUAACCAAGAAGCAAGACUAAAGCAAUUCCAUUACAAACAAACGUUUAAAAACAAAGAACAACAACAACAGCAAAGUAUUUGAAAAUAUAACAACAACAACCAUAUAUAUGUAAUUUAUUCUUUGAUAUUUCUUUAGGAUAAUUAGAAAUUAUUCCUUUUUGAAAGCAUUUUCAUGACAAAACAACAAAACACAUUAAAACAAGUAAAAAAACUGAUGGAUAUGCAAUACAAAAGUAUUAAUAUCUUGUGAGAACAGAAAAAACAAAUGGUCGACCAAAGCAUUAAAUAAGUAUUUCAAAAGCAAAACCAAAUAUGCUAUACUAUAAAUUAAAAACAAAAUAUUAUUAAAACUUAUUCUCAUCAUUGUCAUAGAGUAAACAAAACAAACAACUAAAGCACAACAACAAUAACGGAUUGCAUUUCUAAGUCACCACCUACCUCUCUUCUUGGCUUCUCAUUCAACAUUAUUAUUAGUAAUACCUAUAUUUGCUUUCUUUCAAACGGAAAUUUUGAAAUCUAAUAAUUUCUAGCCUGUAGUGUUUUAAAACACAUUUUAGUAUUUAAGUUUUAAUUUGUUUUAUUAAAAAAAACCACAUCACUCAAUUUUAUUAAUUUAUUUAAAAACAAAAAAAACACGAAUCUCAGAAUUUAUUCAUUGAAGAAUAUAAUAUUGGAAAUAAAGAAAAUAAAAAAAUAUA